GUAUCGGAUGCUAUUGAGCGAUGUCAAAGAGUAUCGUAGAUAGUAGAAAUCACCGAGUGAAAUUACAAUUCCAGAACAGAAGAGAGUUCUGCUGAAAGUAGAUUAAGAUAGUGUGUAAAAAUAUACAUUGCAGGUUCUCAGAAUGCAGCUCAUUGGAAGUAAUUGGGUGAUACAGCAUUUCAGUGUCCCUCAUGUAUUGCAGUGCUGAGUGGAUUGUCUGUCAGUAUACCAUCAGCCCUCUCCCUUCCCUUUCAUGCUGUGUUGAUGUCAUUACGCAUUAUGGAUGCUGCCAGGAAGAACAAUGACUGCUACUUCUACUACUACUCUACCUGUUUGAAGGGAGACGGUUGUCUUUUUCGGCAUGAGCCAUCAGCCUUGGGUUGUGAGACAGUUUGCACAUACUGGCAGCAAGGCAAGUGUUUGAACCAGCACUGCAACUUCAGGCAUAUGGAACUAAGGAAAAAUCGUAAAUUAAUUCCCUGCUACUGGGAGAACCAACCAGGUGGUUGCCGCAAACCACAUUGCCCAUUUAUGCACGAGAAACCACGUGACUCCGCUGGAACUAUACCUGAGAAGGUGAAUAAAGAAGCACCUGGUGAAGUGAGCACUGGCUAUAGCAACAAUGACCGCCUUGGAGGAGUCCUGCCCACAACAACAGAAGCAGAUGCAUCAUCUUUGGGCGCUGGACGUGGUCGCAGGCCCGUUGUUCCAUUACAACAGCAGCAGCCAGGAAGUGCAAGUGACAGUGUUGCUGGAUACGGAAGUCCACCUGUUGAUCCUCUUGUAGUCAACUUUGAGGAAGAGUCAGACAAUGAAAGUGUUCCUACCACGACCCCUACCAAGAAGCCACAGAGGAAGGUGCAUGUUAAGACCCUGGAGGAGAUCAGACUAGAACGUAUCCAGGCUGAGUCUGCUGCGUUCUAUGGCUACGGAGACGAUGGAGGAGGGAGUGCGCCACAAGCUCCGAGUGACCUGCGUUCCAAGAUAUCUCGCAGGACUGAAGGUGCGUCAGAUCCUUCCACGUUUAGAGUGCUCACUCUUGAAGAGAUACGACGUGGUCGACGAGGAGUGACUGAGGAGGAAACAGAGAGCAGUGAAGCAGGUAGCAGUGAGGUGCAGUAUAAGAGGUUAGCAGAUUUCGAGAGGACUGCUGCCCCUCCAAAAAAACUUAGGAGGAAACCUCCACCCAGGGCACCACCAGAUGUUAUUACCCACUCUGGUGUUGUCAAACUAAAAAGACGUAGAGAUUCCGAAGUAACGACGUCGUCUGGUUUGGGAAUGCCAGACAGUACAACGAGAGAUCUGAAAGCCAAUGGUGUGUCACGUGACAAUUUUCAUGGUGAAUGCCCCCCACUUUCAAUGUUCAAAGAAAUGACAGCAGAGGAAGAUGAAGAUGAACUGCUGGAAACUGAUGAAGAGACUGAUGGUACAGUAGCAGCAAAUGAGAUGUCAGCAUAUGAUGUUGUCCUUGAUGACAUCGAUGAGUUACUUAACGUGUGAGCUGUGUAUUCUCUAUACAAAUUGUGGCCUUAUAAGUGUGUCUGAUGUGGAACAGUUUAUCACAGUUCUCGAUACCGCAAAAGACAUCACAUUCCAUUUGUAUAGUGUGAAAAGAGGAAUGAGCCACAUGUUCACAUUUCAUUUUUAAAGACCAGUUGUUAAUUUAAUUGUUUGUGUACAUGUACACAUGUGUAUGUAUGGAAGUGUGUGUGUGUGUGUGUGUGUGUGUGUGUGUGUGUGUGUGUGUCAAAGUAAAAUAACAUGCAGCAUAAUGUGUGAAUUACAGCUCUUCAGGUGUAUAAUUCACAAGUUUACAUCUGUGUAAAAAUUUGUUACCUCUUGUUGGUAUAUUAUUUGUUUAUCACUGUCAAAUUGAUUUACGUAUUUAAAAAUUGUACACUAUUUUUUUCCCUUGCAGUGAAAGCAUGGAAUGUUUACAGUGUGUUCGUUGUCCCAGUCUAUUAUUUUUUUCUAUUAAGGCAGAUUGGAGAAAAUGUUUCACAAGAAAAGGGUCUUUAAUUCAGAUGUGUGUUGUUGGCCUUUAUUAUAGGUCACAAAGUGGCGAACUUCUAGUUAACGUAUGAUCAUUAUUUGUAUUCUGUUCUUGUUAAGUUAGUAAAGUAUAGUGAACUGUGAUUAUUUCAUGU